AUGAAUAAUAAAGAGAAGUUGGCGAAGUAUAAAGAAAAAGUGAAUUAAGUGAUAUAAAAAAUGGUAUAUGAGCUAUUCAAGCAUCAACCAGACAAUUACGUCGAUUGGAUGAUUGAAUACUUGCAAUUAAUAAGAUUAAGCAAACAUCAAAGAGAAAGUUUGAUUGUUGAAUAUAACGUAACUUCUGAUGAUGAAGCAUUCGAGGAUAUUGAUGAAUUACCUAAGCCUCCUGGAAAUCCAAAGCAAUUCAGAAGUUCUGUAAGUGCUGAGGUGUUUGGUAUACAUAAUAAGAAAGAGGAUUUUUAGCCCAGAGUGAUUGAAAAAACAGAAGAAUAAAAGGAGAGAAUAUAGGAAAAGCUGAUGAAAGUGUUCAUGUUUUAGGCGCUUGGAGAAAAUGAAAAGAAAAUAGUUGUAGAUGCAAUGGAGGAGAAGCAUUUUGGAUAGAAUGACUGGGUGAUAAGGUAAGGGGAUGAUGGCAAUGAACUAUAUAUUGUUUUCUCAGGCGAAUUGAGUUGCUACCGAAAGAUGCAUCCUUAGGAUACCGAGCCAAAAUUUUUAAAGGAAUAUUCAGCUGGAGAUAUGUUUGGAGAAUUAGCUCUAUUAUACAAUGCUCCAAGGGCUGCGUCUAUUUAAGCCAAAAAUGAUGCAGUUCUCUUUGCUCUGGAUAGAAGCACGUUUAAUAACAUAGUAAAAGAUGCGACCAUCAAAAAAAGAGAAUAAUAUGAGGAAGUAUUGUCAAAGGUUGAAUUGUUGUAUUCAAUGGAUGCUUAUGAGAAAACUCAAAUUUACGACGGAUUGAAGGAGGCACAUUAUGGGGCAGGAGACAUCAUAAUUAAUGAGGGAGAAGAAGGGGACAAAUUCUAUAUGGUAGCUGAGGGAAAUCUGAUAGCCUAUAGGGAAGUGAAUGGGACUUAGGAGGAGGUCUUACGAUAUAAAGCAGGUGAUUAUUUCGGAGAAUUGGCUUUAAUCCACAAAGUUCCAAGAUAGGCUACUGUCAAAGCUGAAACUGAUUGUAAUGUGGUCUAUCUUGAUAAUAAUUCGUUCGUUAGAUUGCUGGGUCCUGUUUCUAACAUUCUAAAAAGGAAUGCGGAAGCUUACAAAAAGUUUAUUAAAAAUUGA